CGCUGCCUCUCGGGUUGCUCAGCUGAUCGCAUUUGCCCGGGAGCGACCGACCGGACCGGAUAGCUAUUCGACGAGCCGCAGGGGCCUGCGCGGCCGCUCUAAAAACAACUUCGGGAAGCAGCGUGGCUGCACGUUGAAGCGGCGGCGAAAGGAAAAUGGCGCAAGCAUGUAAGCAGGCGAAGACACUGCGGGCCGCUUUCGAGGCCAAGCAGCUCCUAUCACGCCUCAAUCCCCGGCGAGCUGCAGAUUACAAGAAUCUGGUCGGCGGCGCUCAGAGGCGGUCGCUCGUUGGCCUCAGCUACCACCACACCCCGGGCAAGCAGCCGUUGCUCCCGCUUACGCUGGGCGAGGUGGUCGACCGGGCGGCGGACCAGCACGGAGACAAGGUGGCCAUCGUGUCGUGUCACCAGUCCAUCAGGAAGACCUACUCAGAGUACAAGAGAGACAUUGACCAACUUGCCGCCGCCCUCGUGUCCCUCAAGCUCCGCGUUGGCUCCAAGAUUGCCAUGAUUGCACCGAACAUGUACGAAUGGCCAGUCGUGCAAUUCGCAACUGCCAAGGCAGGAUUGGUCCUAGUGAACAUCAACACUGCUUACCAAAUUCCUGAACUUGAAUACAGCUUACAUAAGACAGGCUGCGAGGCCAUCAUUUUUUCUGCACAAUUUGCAAGACAGGAAUACUACAAGAUGCUAUUGCAAAUAGCUCCCGAGCUGGAAUCUUCGACGCCUGGAGAUCUGAAAAGCGCAAAAUUACCCAAGCUUAAGCAUGUCAUCGGCAUUAGCGACGAAAGGAAACCGGGUACGGUGACGUUCGCUGACCUCAUGGAGUCCGUUACCAACCAACACCUCAAAGACAUGCACGCAAUCUCAUCUAGACUGCAGUUCGACGAUCCCAUUAAUCUGCAGUUCACCUCUGGCACGACAGGCAAGCCUAAGGCAGCGCAGUUGUCUCACUUCAAUGUCGUCAACAACGGCUACCUGAUAGGCGAAAGGCUGGAGUUGGACAAGCAGGUUAUCUGCUUGAACGUGCCCUUCAUUCACUGUUACGGAUGCGUCGGCGGCACAAUGGCGGCCGCACUUCACGGGUCCACCAUGGCGUUGCCAGCUCCUGGCUUCAAGGCGGAAGCCUCACUGAGUUGCAUCCAAAAUGAGAAAUGCACUUAUGUCUACGGAACACCUACCAUGUACAUAGAUAUGUUACAUCAUUUGCAAAAUGGCCAAUAUGACGUCUCCUCUCUAAGAAGAGCCGUCAUGGCCGGAUCACCAUGCCCACCAGAGGUUAUUAAGAGAGUGAUGACGGAACUCAACGCACAACGAUUCUUCAUUCUGUACGGCGCGACAGAAACAAGCCCUGUGGUAACGGCAACGAACCCGGAUGAUCAACUGGACGAAUGGAUACAUUCCGUCGGCAAACCUUUCUCUCACACUGAGGUGAAAAUCGUCGACAAAGAGGGCAACAUAGUGCCUACAGGCCAGAGGGGUGAGCUGUGCACGCGAGGCUAUCUGGUUUUUAUGGGUUACUUCGACGAUGAAGAGAACACGCGGAAAGUUGUCCACAACGGCUGGUAUCACACAGGGGACGAAGCCUUGAUGACGGAAGACGGUAGAGUGUCUAUCAUGGGUCGCAUAAAGGACAUGAUAAUCCGCGGAGGUGAGAAUGUGUACCCUCAGGAGAUUGAAGAUUUCCUCUACAACCACCCAGCGGUUGAAGAAGUACAAGUAGUUGGAGUUCCUGAUAAAAGAAUGGGCGAAGAAGCUUGUGCGUGGAUAAUGUUGAAACCCGGGUCCAACACGACCGAAGAGGACAUCAAAAAUUUCUGCAAAGGGAAGUUGAGUCACUUCAAGAUACCAAGGUACAUCUUGUUCGUCGACACAUUCCCGAAGACGCUGUCAGGAAAAGUUCAAAAGUUCGCCAUGCGAGAGAAAAGUCUCCAAAUACUCAACUUAUGAUUUAUUUCGCCUAGAUCUCCUGGAAUAUUUCAGUCUGUACAAUUCGUUUUAGCAUUUCACCCGUAAUAUUUUUUUUCUA